GGACACAGCUAGUCUGUAGAAUAAGUGGCAGUAUAACAACUGGAAUAAUAUGAUCAAGAACAAUUGAUGGGCAGGUACAAGAGGUGAUAGUAUGUAACACAGACAACACUGAGUGUGUGUCAUCUGGAGGUCUGCCAGGCUACAGUGCUGUUGGUGACGGCCCUACACAGAAUACUCUGACUAUAGAAUCCUUCAACACAGCAGUGGAUGCUAUAGAUUGGUCUUGUCGUGAUGGAACAGCAGGUCGAUAUUCUACAUGUAGAAAGACUGUGAUAUACGGACCAGAUUCCGUUACAAUCCGACCACAACCACCUGGCUAUGCAGCAGAAGGAGGGAGUUUGACUGUGAAUUGUGAAGCUGCCUGUGAUCCACCGUGUUCCUUCUCCUGGAAACUGGGGACUCAGCUAAUGACAGCAAGCUCUCAAUUAAAACUGAGUAACAUCAAGAGGAGUCAGAACGGAAACGUUUACACAUGUAAAGUGACUAACACGGCUAUACCAAAAUCUGUCAGUAAACAGUUCACACUGAGAUUAUACUAUGGUCCAGACAGUGUCCAGAUCAACUCGAGUUCUCCACUGACAGUGAAGGAAAGUGACGAUGUAUCUGUGUCAUGUGGAGCCACUAACUGUUCUCCAUCCUGUUCUUUUACCUGGAAGUUUAAAUCUCAAAUAAAGUCAGACAGUUCCGUGCUGUCCUUAAAUAACAUACAGAGAUCAGCAGCUGGUGACUACACGUGUACUGCUAGAAACACAAACACACAGAAAUCAUUAGACAAGACCCCUUACUCUGGAUGUGCAAUACCAAUCUUCAAUCAUUUCUCUGACCUUGAACUCGCUGUCUAUAAAGGUUACAGUUGAUGAGCAGACUCCCAUGACUCUGAGAUGUGAAGUUAACAGUCAUCCAGGAUCUUACAUCAAACUGUUGAACAACUCACAGACUAUGCAUGAAGUGACAAACUCUAAACAGGCUGAGUACACGUGGAACGAGGCUGGGUGUCUGGAUACAGGACACUACACGUGUGAAGCGGAAAACAACAUCAAGUCAGCUGUCAGUGAAAGUGUGCAGCUUGUUGUGAGAUGUUCACCAAGACUAGACCAUCGAUUUCCAUUCAGAAAAGAGUUUGCAGCUGCAGUAGGUGGUGAUGUGACUCUGAAGAUAUCAGUGAUUGCCAAUCCAACACCGACAUUCACCUGGUACAAACUGACUGAUGGAAACAGAAAUAAUAUUGUGUCUGGUAGUUCAUCAACAACUGACGUAUCUGCUGUUGGGAAUUUCACACUGACAAAUGUUCAGCAGGGAGAUAUUGGGACCUAUCAGGUUGUGGUGUCAAAUGGAGCUAAAAACACAGAUCUUGUGAAGAACGUGACGCUUGAUGUAGCAGGUCCUCCGAAUAUUCCCUCUGAUGUCACAACAUGGAGCAGUGAUCCACACUCAGUAUCAAUUGCUUGGCUGGAGGGAUUUAACGGAGGAUCAAAGCAGGCGUUUAUUGUACGAUACCGAGCAGACACAACACCACAGUGGACAAACUGCACUACAAUCAUUCCAGAAAAAGGUGUUAACACAAUUCAGAAAGCUGUUAUACCAAAUCUUCAACCAAACACGAGGUACCUAGUUCGGGUUUUGGCUUAUAACAUAUAUGGAUACGAAGAUUUUACCACAGAACAGGAAGCUUUGACAUUACCUCCAGGUGAAUGUGUUCUACCAACCUCAUCAAACGAAGUAACUGGGACAGGGAUUGCUAUAGGGAUUGUGAUAGGGAUUGCUACUGCUGUCUUGACAGAGACUGUCUUUGUUAUUUUGUGGAGACGAGGCUUUGUGUGUGCUUCUUCAAAAUCAGAUGGGAAGCAGUCUGAAGGUAAUGUACAUCAACAUGCACAACUAGACGACACACGACGUGGGAACAGAACUGAACUAGAUAAUUCUGGUGACCAGACAAACACAUACGAGGGACUGGGAAUUCGAGAAGAUACGCCGUAUGCAAAAAUGGAACUUUAUGAAAAUCUCAAGACAUGAGAAACUAUUAUGGUGAUAUACGUCACAGAAUUAUGUUGCACGACGUACACGUAACUCUGAAACAUUCUGUUGAACUUUCACGAGGCCAAGUCAAGAUAUGCUUAAUGACACAUCACUGACUGAACUGAUAUCUAUGCAAUACCUAAUAUUUAGUGUGACAAUAAUCGACGCAUUUCCAUAGUUUAUUGAACAGAAGAUAUAUGAAAAUAGUCUUAUAUAACUGUAUAUAUUGUACAUAGUUGUCUGUUUGUAAAAAUAGUCUUAGAGUUUGUAUAAUAAGUUGCGAUCACAUUUACACUUUACACUGAAUUAACUAAACUGACUCCGUCUGCUUUCUUUCCUUCUUCUUUUCCUCAUUUUCAUGUUGAACUCGGAGCAUUUAACUUCCCAUAUUAUAGAUAUUCAACAAUGUUAAUAAUAUAUACAUAUAUAUAUAUAUAUAUAUAUAUAUAUAUAUAUAUAUAUAUCAAGAUAUUAUUAUUACUCUUUCCAUAUAAUGUAUAUGUGAUGAUAUUUUGACAUUGUAAGGCCAUGAUCUCAAGGCACCCCAACCUUGGCAUGGCCAUAUUGCUCUGGGGAUAAUAAAAAAAGAGAAUUAACUAAACUGGUAUAACAAAACCAGAUUACAAUGUAAUUGUGAACGCAAUCUUUUCACGCUACCGGUAUAGCUAAACCUGUAUCUAUAGCUAAAACACUUCGGUAUGUGGUAUAACUAAAACAGUUUAAAUGUAAGUAUGAACGGAAAGUGUUUUAGUUAAACCAGUAUAAGGUGGAAUGUCAUUGGCGUCACAGUCAGGAUAAGCAGUAAGUGGUUUAGCAAGGACCUAACAGACUGGAAGUCUAUUGUUGUUUUGAUGUUUAACUUCAGUAAGAGUGAACAUAGCUAUAUAUACGGUACAUAAUUAUGUAUUGGUAACAAAUAGUCUUAUAACUGUGUAUAUGUACAUGGUUAUGUAUUGGCCUUCUAAACCUAUUUUAUGUGUAUAUUUGUAGUUACUGAUGUAUACUCUCUUUCAUGUAUAUAUGUUUAACUGUAACUUGCAUAUAUUGUAUUUAUCAUACAUGGUAUGACCUUUCUAAACUGGAAUGGAAUUUUAUUGCUAAGUUAUGUUUCUAUAUAGCAGAAGUGUUAUCAUGUUUGUAGUCCUAGCUAGGUACGGCUUUGAAACUCAGAUGCGUUUUUCCACACAAUGUACCUUUAUUAUUCAAACUAAUUAUUUAUGAUAUUUUAUGAACAGUCAGUCGAAGAUACACAGUGCGGAGAUAUGAUCUUUGAUUGGGGUAACUGUUUCGCUUUUACCUAACCUGUUACUUAUUUGUUUGUUUUUUGUUUGCUUAUCUUUGUUUGGUUAUCUUUGAGGGGUUUUUUUCCUGUGUGUUACUUAAAAGAGCUCUAAAUUAUUUGUAUUUGGUUAACCUGCGUUAAGGUCAUCUAUAGGAUUUAAGAAAAAUAAUUAUUAUUAUUUUGUUGAAUUACUUAAGUCUUAUUAUUAGAGUCAACUGUCUCUUACAUCGGAACUGAAUUUGUCAAAAGAUUUUGAAAAGAUUUUGUAUCACGCGUCCUGUUACAUUUGUAGAUUUAUAACAGAAUAAAGCAAUUUUAACACCAAA